AUGUCGACUUUACAGCCAGUUAACCCAAAACCUUUCCUUAACGGAUUGACCGGUAAACCAAUUAUAUGCAAACUGAAGUGGGGAAUAGAAUAUAGAGGCUAUUUGGUAUCAGUAGAUGGAUAUAUGAAUUUACAAAUGGCCAACACUGAAGAGUAUAUCGAUGGUACAAGUACCGGAAACCUUGGAGAAGUUCUUAUACGAAAUUAUGUGGACGUGCAUGAAAAUACACAGUCGGCAUUGAGAUGA